GGCACGAGAAACUCUUAAAGGGCUGUUGGCUCAUUGGUUAACCAAAAGAAAACAGAGAUUUGCAUCUCAAGCUUUAGCCAAUGGGGAAGCCCCACCUGGAAAGGAUGUACCUACAAGGAGUCUGAUAUCGUCAAAAAUUGAAGUGGACAGAUGCUGCAGUAUAUCCUCCCUUUGAAUUUUCAGCAGCAUGCCCUCCAUCAAUUAUUACUGAGGGUUCUCAGAGUAGUCCAUGGAGGAAAAAGAUUACCGACUUAGAUGGAACGGAAGAUGAAAAGGACAUGCCAUGGUGGGUAGUAGAUUGUGUGAUGAACAAUCGGUUGCCUCCCAGGGAAAAUACCAAAUGUGGCUUCUACUUGCAUCCAUGUGAGGGUUCUACUGUUCAGAUCCUUACCCAAGGAAAGCUGAGUGUGCCUCGCAUAUUAAGAAUUCACAAAGUCAUCAACUAUGUUAUAGAAAAGAUGGUUCUUGAGAAGCCACUGGAUAGCAUAAACUCAGAUGGAGCUGCUGGAAUGCCUGGUGGACAGGUGACACAUCCAGCUAUUGGAGGAGACGGCAUAUUUCGGACUGGGCUGAAGCCUUGGCAAAAGCUUAAACCAUCCAUAGAGAUCUUGUGCAGUAAUCAGGUUUUAUCCCCUGAUAUGAGCUUAGCGACUGUCCGUGCGUAUAUAUGGAAGAAACCUGAAGACCUUGUCCUCAACUACCAGGUGAAGACAGUUCAAUGCUUGGGUCUCUUAGCAGCUCACGCGAAGCACAAAGUGUGGCUGAAACCUACAUCUGAGAUGAGUUUUCUGUAUGGAAAUAAUGUGUUGGAGGGAUUACUGAGAUUAUUAGCGAGCAUGAUGGGGUGGUUGUGUUUUCGAUGUCGGAUGUGCCGUUGAGAUUUGGGGUUGCAGCUAAUAGUACUCAAGAUUGCAGGAAAAUGGAUCCGAAUGGGAUUGUAGUGCUUCAUCAAGCUGAUAUUGGAGAGUAUUUGAGGAUGGAGGAUGAUCUUAAGUUUAAUUUUUGGGAGAUAAGGUAAUUGAAAUUUUGAGUGAUUUCUGUUAAGCUUUUGUGUUUUGGGAAUUAGGAUCUUUAAGAAUUAGGGCUAUGCCUAAAGAUGAGGGGAAUUAUCCACAAUCACCAAUCACCAUCAUCACCGUCAACCACCAUUAUCAUCGUCUACAACCAACCACCUCUGCUACUACACUUACCUCCUUAUCAUUAUGAUUAUAUUCAUUGCCACCAACACGACAACAUCCUCAUCUUUGCAGGCGACAUCACUUCUACCAUCACUAUCACAACUAUAAUCAAUAUCUACUAUCAAAACAGACUCCACCAUCACUUCUACCACUAAUACCAACUAUCAUGAUACAUUCUUCGAUCACCAUUACCAUCUCCAUCACUACUAUCAGUCAUUACCACCACUAUGAUCAACUUUUACUACUAACCACCUCAUCAUCAUAACUAGCACCGCCGCCAACUACCACAAAUAUAUCACUAACCACCACACAUUUUUUAGCUACAACUAUCAACACCGCAAACUACUAACAUCAACCAACUUCAUCAUUACAAUUACUAACACCACUACCAAACGUCGCCAUUAUGAUAGUUACCACAACACCAACUACCUCCACUGACACAAUUAUCACCUCCAUCGUUACUAGCUACUAACAACAAUUAUUAUCAUCAAGCACCACAACAAAUUAUCUCCACCAUAACUAACAAGUAU